GCAUACGCGCGCAGCGGUGAAGUUCUUCCUCUCGUGUCGGCUGGUGUCAUCAGCAGCCACGCUCGUCUUCAUCACAUCAUCAUCACACCGGUACCGAAGUUUAGUCUGAAAGAUGGGAGACUCUGUGAUGGAGUAUGAGACCAGACUGCAACAACAGGAGCGUGAGAUCCGAAGUCUCUCUGCAGAGAUCGAGAGUCUAAAGAACCCGCAGAACAUGAACGCAUCUCCACGUCUGAACGAACUGCGAGAGGAAAACUCCAAGCUGAAGUAUCGUCUCAACAUCCUGAAGAGGAGUCUGCAGGGAGAGAGGACUCACUCCACUAAAUCCAUGCUGAACAUCAACCAGCGGCUUCAGGAGGUUUUCGGCGACGCCAUCCGGAUGGCGUAUCCCGAGCUGGACAAUCCUCCGCUGGCCGUCACGCCCAAUCAGCAGGCCAAGUUCGGAGACUACCAGUGCAACAGCGCCAUGGCGAUGGCCCAGAUGCUGAAGGCGAAGGGGAUGAAAGUCAACCCGAGGGAGAUCGCAGAGAAGAUCAUCCAGAACCUUCCAGACAACGAACUCAUCCAGAAGACUGAGAUCGCUGGACCAGGUUUCAUCAACAUCCACCUGAAGAGGAUGUUUGUGUCCAAACUGUUGAGCAACCUGUUGGUGAACGGAGUGCAGCCGCCCCCGCUCGCCUCCAAGCAGAAGGUUGUGGUGGAUUUCUCCUCUCCCAACAUCGCCAAAGAGAUGCACGUGGGUCACCUGCGCUCCACCAUCAUCGGCGACAGCAUGUGUCGUCUGUUUGAGUUUCUGGGCUACGACGUUCUCAGGUUGAACCACGUGGGCGACUGGGGGACUCAGUUUGGGAUGCUGAUUGCUCACCUGCAGGAUAAAUUCCCAAACUACCUGACCGUCUCCCCGCCCAUCAGUGACCUGCAGUCCUUCUACAAAGAGUCGAAGAAGCGCUUCGAUGAAGAGGAGGACUUUAAGAAGCGGGCGUACCAGUGUGUCGUCAGACUGCAGAGCAAAGAGCCCGACUUCAUCAAAGCCUGGAACCUCAUCUGUGACGUUUCCAGGAGAGAGUUUCAGAAGGUUUACGACUGUCUGGACGUCCAGCUCAUCGAGAGAGGAGAGUCGUACUACCAGGAGCUGAUGAUGGAGGUGGUGAAGGAGUUUGAGCAGAAAGGUCAGUUUGAUCACCUAAAAAAACUAACUGGGGAUUUCCACCGGUGUGGAUUUAUAACGGCGGAUGGACCGGCGGAGACCCGAAUGAGGGACGGAGGGAGAACCGGCGGAGGAGCGGACGGAGACCCGGACGGAGAGACCGGAGGAGUGAAGGCUGACGCUGCUCUGCUGAACAGAUGUGCAAAACUGGUCAGAUUGGAGUUGUCUUCAGGGAAAGUAGAAAUGAGGAGGAUGACCGAUUGGUUUUUGAAAUGA